CGGCCGCAGCAGGGCGGGACGGGGGCCCCGGCGAGCCCGCCCAGCGCCCCCAGCCCCGAUGCCAGCCCCGCGAGCCUCAGGGAGCGGGAAGAAGCGGGGGAGGGUCCAGUCUCUGUGCCCCCUGCCCCUUCUCUCUGUUCCUCUCCCCAUCAACCCGCUCACCGCAACCGCUCGCUCCAGCUCCAAAGCCCAUUCUUCCAGGAGCCCCCAGCUCCCUGCUUCCCCCUUCCCACCAGCAGAGCUCCCCAUCAGUCUCUCCAGCCCCAGAGGCGGGGAGGACCCCUCCCCCAGCCCCUGCACACCUGGGCCCUUCUGCUCCACCUGCCAGCCAGCAAGCUGCUGUCCCUAGGACCCAGCCCUCCGUGCCAACACCCGGCUCCUUCCCAGGACCUGAGUCUGGCCAAAGGGACUUUUUGGGUCCUGAGCUUUGGGAACAAUUUGACCCACUUUCCCAAAGGCUGGGCCCAGGCCAGCCAUGCUUUUUUGGUGGUGACACCUGUCUCACCCGCCAGCUGUAGGACCAAGAACGCCUCUGUCAAAUGGGCCAGCCGCUUCUUAGGUCCUCCUCCACACUGCCCUGGCUUGCUGGCCAGCGUCCACAGAGCCCAGGGCUAUUUGCCAAUCCCACCCCCAGACCCCAGAAUCACCCCGAGCCUCUGGGCUGGGGGCUGAGGGGCUGGUACUGAUGGGGACCACGGUCUGGGCCAGGGUCUCUUCCCCUGAGCCGUGUUUCCCCACCCACCACCCAGGGAGCCCGGGAUGGGGAUGUGGGGCUGGUCCUGGCGGCCUCGGUCUCCCCACCCCUCGGGAGCUCUCCCCUCUUUCUGUCAGAAACUUUCCCCCUCUCACCAUUCACUGGCUCCUCUGGGUAGGGCCGGGGCCAUCUGCACAGCCUCAUGUCCCCAGAGCACAGAGGGCUGGUCUGGGACUGCAGAGGGCCGGGACCGUGCUGGGGCAGCUCGAGGCGGUGGCCGUGAGCCAGGCCAGGCUGGAUGCAUGGACCAGGGGGCCACGGGUUUUAGGGGCGAUCAGAGGCUUUCACAGUGCCCCCAGGGGGGUCUGAGGUCUCGCUUUGCAUGAAGAUAGGGGGCAGAGCAGGGGCUGUUUUUCCUGCAUGUUUCUGACUGUCUCCUGUUGCUAUGGUGACAGUUUUGCCUCUCUUCCUCCUUCUGACUCUUCUGGGAGCUCGUUUUUAUUGGUCUGUUGUCCUGUCUUUUAUGGCUCUAAUUUCUCCUGGCUACUUGCUCUGAAAUCAACAGUCAUCCACAUGGGGCUUGGCCCAGGCUGGGGGCUGGCAGGGCUUCAGCCCCUGCCCUGGGCUCCUGGGGGUGGGGGGGCCUGCCCACACUGCCUCCUGCUCUGGGGUCUGGGAAGGAGGCAGUGUCACCCCCAGGCACAGGAGGUGGUCCACUGCCUCUGGCUAAUAAUAGGCAGCCUGGUGGAGGGGCCUCUCCGACGUUCUUUCCUUUUUUCGUCUUCACAAUUCCAUGGGGCUGGGGCUGCCCCCCACUUUGCAGAUGUGGAAACUAAGCUCAGAGAGAUUGAGUUAUGUUCCCAAGGCUGCGCUGAUGGCCAGCACAUAGUCACCCCAUGGCUUCUGUUGCCUGACUGGGAAAGCGUUGGGGUUGGAUUAUAAAAGUGGACUUCCCUCUGUUUUCACCCUGCUAGGCUUUCUGGUCCCAGAGGGACAUGAGAGCCUCCCUUAGCCCAUCCCCCUAAACCCGGGCUCCAGAAAGGCUCACUGGAAAGUGCUCCCCAGUUUCCCACCCCUCCUCUGGGGGCGAGCUCAUGGUGCACCCUUGACCUGAACUGUUAGGGACCGAGCUGAGAGGAGAGCCAAGCCACUUGUGACUUCCUGUUUUCACGCAGCACCAAGAAGAAUUUUGUUUGCUUUUACUCUCCACUCAGGGCCUAGAUGCAACCGGAUGAGCCGGGGACUCAGAGCAGAGCAGACCCUCGGGGAGGCGGCCAGAGCUGACCAGGGUGGGGUCACUGACUGUCAGCUCCCCAGUAGCUCUCUCGUGUGAAGCUGCACCCUCCCUUCCCUUUUUUCUUUUUCCCUUGAUCUCAAACUCUCCUCCUUUCCCCUCUCCCCCUCUCCCCUAUUUUCCUCACACUGCCCAUGAGCUAGUUUUGUUAAUAGUAAGUGGGUAAAGCAGCAGCCCCAUUGUCGGACGUGGCCUUGGGAAAGCUGGUUCUGCGUGGGCCUCAGUCUCACAGUAUUUAAAAUGGGAUCAGCACCAUCGACCUGUUGCUCUUUUUGGAUGAAACGCAACAGCUUCGGGCAGUGGUUGAAAGGCUAAAGGCCUGCAGGGUCUGUGAUGUUCUAGAAUGUUGGGAGAUCAGUGUUACAGAGACCACUGAGCCGCUGCCCAGAGACUGGGGCCUGGCUUAGGAAUGAGUAAGACAGGACGUGUCUUGGCUGGAGGGAUUCCCUGAAGGCAACUGCGUUUCCCCUGGGUGCGUCUUGCAUCACUGAGCAGCUGCUCUGUACCACACACAGUCUGGGGAAUGGGAACUGCAGCAUACAAAAUGGACCGUCUUUCUGUUUUUAAAGAAUACAGUCCUGCAGUGAAGACUGGCGUGGUGAGCUCCCCGUCAGGCAGCCGGGGUGGAUAUGAGGGAGGGCAGGGUGAGGGGGGCUCAGAGGCCGGGGCCUGGCUGGGUCGCCUUUCGGCUGAGCCAGUGGCUGUGCUUUGUCCCACCACUGUCCACUUCGGAAGCCCUUAGUGCAGCCCUCACAGCUAUGGGGUGAUGGCCGGAGAGCCCCCGAGUCAGCCCUGGGGGGCCGGGGCAGGAGACACCUGUCCAGCCUUCCUCUCUGAGGCUGAACUGAUCCACUCCUAGUAACCUCUAGCUCCCAUCUCAUCUUGGCUAAAAAAAUCCUUUCUCAGGGGCUGUGUGAAUUGCCUGAGAAGGGCAACAUGAUGAUUGGAAAGAAAAUGUAUUUUGGAGUCAGAUGAGUUAAAAUUCCUCUCCUGCUGCUUCCUAGCUGUGGAAUCCUGCAGGAGUUCUCUAACUUCUCUGAGCCUCAAUUCUUUUAUCUGUUAAAUGGGGAUAUUCCUGCUGGCCUUGUAAGAAUUAAGUGAGGUUAUGUAUUUAUGGGGUCUAGCACUGUGCCUGCCUCUCGGUAGACUUGCUGUUAUUUAGUUAUAUUGAUUAAAGAAGCGCUCUCAGUGGGUCCUCCGGAAGCUUGGCGGGGAGCUCUUGGACUAAUUCUGGGUUUCAGGGUCCAUUCAUUAUCUGUGAGGGUUAAAACUUACACAGGCUCGGGUUCCCAGCACUGAGGUUUAAUCUUGGAGUUACCUCUAACUGGAUAAGCUGCCAGAAUUACCAACACUGGGUAUCAAGUGACCCUUUGUUUUUCUCCAAGGGACAAGUUUAAAAUGGCAACAAAUGCCUGACUUUCAGAAACACGUGACUACCUGCAAGAAUCCCUUAAAAUGAAUGUCUCAUAUUUUUCAUCCUGGGCAUGUUUAGCUUCCUUUUGUUUUAAGUUACCAUAUACACAUAUAAACAUUUUCUCAAAUUGUGACGACAGCAUGGCACAGUAUUAUUAUGCCCAUUAUAUAGUUAAGGAAACUGAGAAAGGUGAAGUCACUUAACAGCAGCUGCCAGCUAGUAAGUGGCAGGGCCAGACUUUAAAGCUGGGUCCCGCCUGCUCUUUGCACAUGUGGCACAGUCUUGUCUUGUCUUUGGCUGGCAUGUCAGUGACCUCCAAGAAUUGCACUUGGACAACAUGAGCAGAUUUUAAUGAGGGUGGACCUGGUCAGGGGUGUAACUCAGACUCAUAGUAAAUAUUUAGAGACCUUAUUAGAGUUUUGCUCUCAGCACGGCAUUAACAAGGCUUUCUGCAGUUGGUGGAUAUUAUACUCUUCUAAGUGAUGGACAGAAGGGGAGUUUGAUGUGUCUGAGUUAGGAAAAUGUGCUUCAUGGCACUAGAGGUUGAUUCCUUUGCCCAAGAAUGGGCUGCUGGUUCGUCAUUGUCAUACAGAGAACCCUUGGACAGGCCAAGAUUUUAAGCUGAACUUGGGAAUGGAAAACAUGAAGGUUGCAGCUCAGAAAUCUAGAGGCAGGAGAAGCAUCCAAGGUUGUAAAAUGUUGACGGCUCUCCAAGUGCAAGGCUGCUUUGGAUUCAGUCUGUCAGUAUCACUCAUUCUAGAAAAAUGGAGGUAUUGGAAAAGCAAUUGUAGAAUUGCCCACUAAACUUCCUUGGGUAGUUUAGAAGCCUAAUUUUCUUGGCUUAAGGACCCCACGGCCCAGAGACUCCAAGAGUUGGACCCGGGUGCCAUGUUCGCCAGCUGGGUGUUUCCCGGGCCCAGCUUAGCUCUACAGACAGACGAGUCUCUGUUUGCAGUUGUCUCCGGGCCUGAGGCUGCUGUCUGCUUGCUUAAUGACUUCACUUUCUAAUAAAAAUCCUGUAUGGCAUAGAUAAUUAGAUUUUUAAAAUGAAACCAGAGAAAUGGAGUGCCCCGAAGAGUUUAAUUGCAGUUUUAUGAUGGGCCCAGCAUAAAAAUAGAAUUGCUCAUUCAUUCAACAAAUGUGUGCUGGGUUCUGGCCUUAGGCUGCACUAGAUGUUGUGGAUAAAGUGAGCAGUUUAGAGUUGUCCCUGCCCUCAGGCAGCCUUCGCUCCACAAGGGAGUCGGAGGAGUAAAUGUGUGUCCCAGCGGAGCUUGGCGAGAGUCACGUCUAGUGCAGUGCACCGUGGGAAGAGGGUAAUGUAGUCGUUUGAACUGUUGCACCCAAGCCCAUUUUUCUCGCCAUGGAAUGUUGCCUGUGGAACACCUGACUUCCACUUGCUGGUUUGCACGAAGAGGCAGCAUGAAUCAGAAAAGUAGGCGAGGGUGGGUCUGUUUGCUUCGGUUUCACUGUUGUGGAGAUGGGGUGGCUUAAGAGGGUCCUUCUACAUCCAGCAUGAUGAUCUAACAAGCCUUGGGCUCUGUUCCCUGGGCGACAGGUGAAGAAGCAAAACCUGGCAGCCCCAGCUAGCAAGGUUGCCGAGAGCUGGGGAGCUGGGGCGGGCGAGAGCCAAACGUAUUUUCAAAGCCUUGCUCUCCCUCCCGGAAAGGGAGCCGCUUUCUGCCGGAGUGUCCUGAUAAAUGAGAGUCAAGGCCAGUGACGGGGGAAGAGGCAAGGAGAGACACGGGAGCUCAGUGGAGCCAGAGGCAGGGGAGGACGUUCACAAACGUCCCCAGUGUCCCAGGGUCUCCACCAACACAGAGACGGAGGGAGUGGGACCUCAGAGGUGUUUUGGUGACUGCCAGUGUGCUUGUCUGUUUUAAGUUAAUGUGUGUGUGUUUUUAAUGGUUUGAUGGUUUCCAGGCUCGAGAACUCACAACUACGCAACACACCACUGAGUUCUCUUACUCCUACUGGCAGGCAAACACAGGCCCUCCCAGGGACACAUAGGAGGCUGGUUCGGGGAGCUGACUGGGCUGGCAGGGAAGCCGCGUGCUGUGGCCACACUGCCCGCUCUCAGGCAACCUGAGCUUUGGCAAGUCGUUUCAUCUCUCAGAGUCUCAUGUCCCCGCAGGAAAGGGCAGGAGCAGCAUCUUCCAGAACGAUGUGGGAAUUAUCAAUGUGGAUAAUAAUAAACAAUUAAUAUCCACUUUAGCAACCUUCUGAACAGCUUUUGAAACAUAUUAUCCCCAUUCUGUGGAUGAGGAAAUUAAGGCUGGAGAAGGAACGUGCAUGUCGUCAGUUCGUUAGGAAGGUUGCACUGCUGGUAUUUGAACCUUCAAAUCUCUCUGUCACCUGCACCGUAAAUAAGAGCUGUGCCUAUGUGUAGAGCAUGGAACCGAUAUGCACGUGUCUUGGAAAAAAUAGCUCAAAGAGUUAGUAAAUUCUUGCCAGCCGGUUGUGCCUUCACACCUUACCACUGGAAACAAAAAUGCAGCUGGUGAUUUAAGCGCGUCCCCGUGACUUUACGUGUGUGUUUGACGGAUGCCCUUCACGGCUGUCCGCUGCUCAGCCCGCUGCUUCAGGGCUGCAGCAGUGAGCUGAGCCUCCCGUGUGUGCAGCAUAUGGUCUUGCUGGGCUGUGGAUCCCGCCCAACGGAGGCAGGUUUUGUGUAACUUACUUUUCAGGCUGCUCGCUGGGACAGCUCGAGGUUGUGGCAACACAAGAGAAGCGUGUUCUCAGCUUACAGGUUGACAGUGUUGUCAGAGCUGGAUGGGCACCUCUAGUUGAAUUCCUUUAGCUUCCGGAACUGAAGUCUAGAAAGAGAGAGGGAGGCAGGGGGUGAUGGCUUCUCCAAGGCUGAGAUGAGAACUUGGCCACCACAGCCCCUGGGGUUCCAGAGAGCUCAGUGUGCACCCAGAAGCUCUUUUAGAAUGUUCCAGAGCUUGGGGGUGGACAUGCCUCUGGAACCAAACACACCGGGGUUGGAUCCCUGGCUCUUCCCUUGGAGAGAUUCCUUAACCUCUCCAAGUUUUCAAAGAUGAAUAAUGUUUGUAUCUCAAGGAUAUUGUGAGGAUUAAAUAACUUAAACGUCAGUAUCUCUUUUUACAUGAUCUUUGAAGAAAAUUUAUUUGAAAAGUUUCUGCUGCUUCCUCAGGUUCCUCUUUAUUUGUUAUUUUGGGUGGAAAAUGGCCUUGGAGCUUCUUCUUUCUCUGGCAGACACACGCUUGAAUUUCCCCCUGACGGAGUCCCCAAACGUCCGCUGGAAAUGAGCCCAGCUGGGGUCUGUUUCCUGGGGGGCCGCAGAUGCCGAUUCCCACAGGAUCAAGUGUCAGACCUGCUGAGUGUUCUCCCACCCUAAGCUGUUUUCUUAUUUUCAAAGCGUAUUUUUUUUCUGUAGUGUCACGAGUUCAAACUAGUAAAUGGGGUCUGUAAGCUAUUUCUCUGACAGGUAUGCAUUCCCUUAUUUACAAGCCCAAAAUCCAAAAAACUCUGAAAAUGGAAAGUUUGUAAUAACUCAUUUGGAGGCAGAAACUGACCUGUUUUGACAUGAGGCUGCUCCUAGUUUUUAUUUAUCACACGCAGGGUGAAACCGUUUGGCUGCAGAAAGAUGAGUUCCCAGACCCUACGGGGACGUACAGAACACGCGGAGAUGCACACACUCUCUUGACCUUUGUGAAAUCCAGAACCUUCUGAGUUUGGAAGCGCGUCUGAGCAGUGGCUUUUGAAGGAGGGUUUGUGGGCCUCUGUUUGAAAAGCCUGAGGGAAGUAGAAGCACCCUGGGGUGGGAAGGUGUGCGUGACGCCUUCGACUGUCCCACCUUGGGAUGUCAGGCCCGCAGUGCUGCCAGACCACAAAGGAGGAGAAUAAACUCCCUUCCCUGUCACGAUUCCACGUGUGUCUCAGAAAAGUCGUCCUCGCCUGAUUCCUUUGCCUCCUGGAGUCCCAGAGUCCUCCCUGCCCUGAGAUCUGCUUGGGACGCACGGCCUCCAGCCCCAGCUAAGAGGUGAGAGGACUGGUCCUUCUCCGGAGCGUCACUGCCACGUCGUCUGAGCCCGAGUGCACCUGCGGCGGCCCCAGGCCAGCUCCAGAUUAUCAGCGAUUAAAGGCCAGAGAAGCUGCAGGACUCCCGGGGGCCACGGUCCUGACGUGGGCACAGGCUUGCCUCAGCCAGACAGCGGCUCGGCCGGUCCAUCCUGGAUUGUUGAGCCGGAACCGCAGGAGAGAUCUCCAGGUUUGCUGGGAUGGGGAACCUGCUCAAAGUCCUUACCAGGGAAAUUGAAAACUAUCCACAUUUUUUCCUGGAUUUUGAAAAUGCCCAGCCCACCGAGGGGGAGAGGGAGACGUGGAACCAGAUCAGCACGGUCCUCCAGGACUCUGAGAGCAUCCUCGCCGACCUGCAGGCCUACAAGGGCGCCGGCCCGGAGAUCCGAGACGCAAUUCAAAAUCCCAAUGACAUUCAGCUUCAAGAGAAAGCUUGGAAUGCGGUGUGUCCUCUGGUUGUGAGACUAAAAAGAUUUUAUGAGUUUUCCAUAAGGCUCGAAAAAGCUCUUCAGAGUUUACUAGACUCUCUGACCUGUCCGCCGUACACACCAACCCAGCACCUGGAGCGGGAGCAGGCCCUGGCGAAGGAGUUUGCAGAAAUACUACAUUUCACCCUCCGAUUUGAUGAACUGAAGAUGCGGAACCCAGCCAUUCAGAACGACUUCAGCUACUACAGGAGGACAAUCAGCCGCAAUAGGAUCAACAACAUGCACCUAGACAUUGAGAAUGAAGUCAAUAAUGAAAUGGCCAACCGAAUGUCCCUCUUCUAUGCAGAAGCCACACCCAUGCUGAAAACCCUCAGCAAUGCCACAAUGCAUUUUGUGUCCGAAAACAAAACCCUGCCCAUAGAGAACACCACGGACUGCCUCAGUACCAUGACAAGUGUCUGCAAAGUGAUGCUGGAAACUCCGGAGUACAGGAGCAGGUUCACGAGUGAAGAAACGCUGAUGUUCUGCAUGAGGGUCAUGGUGGGUGUUAUCAUCCUCUACGACCACGUCCACCCCGUGGGAGCCUUCUGCAAGACGUCCAAGAUCGAUAUGAAAGGCUGCAUAAAGGUGUUGAAGGAGCAGGCCCCCGACAGCGUGGAGGGGCUGCUGAACGCCCUCAGGUUCACUACAAAGCACUUGAAUGAUGAGUCAACUUCCAAACAGAUUCGAGCAAUGCUUCAGUAGAGCUCUGCUCCAAGAAGAGGAUCUGUGUGCUGACCUCAGAAGAUGUACAUGUUUACAUAAUUUAAUACAGAUUGAUGUUAAUACUUGUGUAUUUACAUAACCAUUUCCUUCUUGUCACUGAAAAUAUAUGGACCUUAAUUUGUAUCCUGACGGACUCAGCCCAGCACAGCGUAAAUUAACUGGAGAGCCUCACCUUUGAUGUCUGAAACAAAACCCUGCUCCCAAAGGCCAAAUUUGGAGACUUUCGUCUUUGUCAUUGGCAUCCUUUAACCAUACCUAUAACAAUCAGAAAUCGCACAUUGUCUCUGGUAGUGUUUUAAUUCUAGAUGUGUUUUCUCUCCAGGACAUAGUGUUAUAGACACAAAGCAUUUGAUUUCCUGUGUCAUUUCAGCUACAAGAAAUGCACCCGCUAUCCCUGGAGAGCGGGAGGAAACGAAGGAAAACACACGUGUGGGGUGUCCAACCGAAGCAUUUGGGAUUCAUCGCGCCCCCUCUUUCCUCAGACUGCGAGCCAGACGUGCACGUUUUCCGUUUGCACGUGUUUUAUUUAUCAGCAUAUGCCCUUUUCUGUCUGGAUUUGUAGCCCUCCGACGUUUGCUUCUAAUUUUGCAAGAGGAAAAUCAGCCUGCGUUUUACCGCAUCGCUGAGACAACAGCAGGAAUGGGUAGCUGUGCGGCCACCGGCGUGCAGACGCAGGUGGAGGUGGGCGUCAGGAGGGGCAGGCAACUGCCGUCUCUGCUUCAACCCCCAGUCUUUGGGGACAGGACCCUGAAGCCAUGGGCAAGUUCCUUGACCUGGUUUUCCUGGAGCUCUGGUGACAGCCCCUCCUAACAGGAGCGUUGUGCUCUGUAGCCCCUUUGGACGGGGACAGGGGUGCAGGGCCUGUCACUGGUCACCAGAGAAUGGGGGAAUUGGAUUCCUGCUCACCUGUAGUUCAAGACCUUUUCAAACUUAGGGAUUCUAACACCCUAGAGCCCCUCCCCCCAGCCUGUUGGAACAGGUAAAGCUGUGGCCUGCGAGUACCUGGCACAGCCCUAGCCCUAGAAACAAUCCACAGUGCAUUCUUGGGAAAUUUGCUCCAACUGUCUGCAUCUCAUCCUCCUUAUCUUUACAAUGGACACUUAAAACAUAUCAUCUCCAAGAGCCCUUUUAGGGCCAUGAGCCAACGUAAUGAUUGACUCCACCUACUGUCCUCAGUAAGUAGAGUCCAGGAAGCGCCCCUCACCUUACCUUGAGGAUCAACUAGGGUGCAAGGUCCCUAGUCAUUUUUCUGUCUGUAGAUGGGAGAGCCCAGGUGUAGAUGAGAAUGGGAUCUAGGAAUCUUCUAUUCCAAUCUCCAGUGGCUCUCCCACCCUGUGGGUCCAGAACCCAGGAUGCCUCACUCCUGACUUCAGGCUCUUUCCCUCCCUGUGGCCUACGGAUACAGAACACAGGGCAAGGCUGGGCCCCUCUAGUGCAUCCUCAAUCUGGCCUAUAUAAUUAUUUGUCUGUUUCUGCUGGAAGAAAAGAAGAGCACAAACAGUCAAUUUAUGAGAGUUCAGAAGUUAGGUCUGGCCUAUCAGUGUUUGAUGUCAUUAGCUUCAUCCCAAAGUAUGAGCUGUCAGAUACCAUUGCUUUCCAGACUUAGUGGCCAGCUGGCAUUCCCUUGAGUCCUCCAAGAAAAGGGGAAAAACACUUUUUGUUGUUUUGUUUGAACAAGGAAAUGCUGUUGAGUGUCAAGAUGGUACUUUUCUAUAGAUUCCCUGGUCUAUAGCUAAAUGUCAGUCAACAGAGAGAAGCAAGGCCUCUUUCCUUGGAGCUUUUCAAGCUGAACAAGUACAGCUGCUUGUUUGGGGGUUCUUUUAUCAGAACAGAGCUACAUGAGAUGGCCUUCAAGACCUUUUCAAACUUAAGGAUUCUAAAACCCUAGAGGAAGCCAGAAAAUGGGAUAACUCCAGGUGUGCAAAUUUGUUAAAUAUUCAGUUUAAGGAGUGUUCUUCUGUUUGGCAGUCACAUGUUAUGCUUGGGCAAUCAAUUGUCAAGACCAGAAUCAUGGAGGUGUCUAGUGUUUACUCUCAUUGGGUCCAUUUCCCUCCUUUAUUGGGUAGGAAAAUUCCGUCUUGGAGAGAGGAAAGGACUUGUCAACCAUCACAGAACUCAUGUGGCACAGACCCAGGACUUAAACCCAAGUCGUUUGUCUACACCACAGCUGCCUCUCAACUGGUUGAAUGAGGAAAUGUUAGGAUUAUCUGUCAAUUUUUUUAAAAUGAAAAAAGAUAUAGCAGAGUAAAUAGUUGAGUGCAUUUAUAAUUUAUAAUUAACACCUAUCAAAUGGGACCAAACGUACGGGAGAGGCUGCUGGACUGCACCGCGUUAGCCAGGCCACCAUGUCUCCUGGCCAGGAGGCACCAACACAUGGAUUCUGAAAACCCCGAGCCUGACUGGCGCUAGGACAGGUUAAUCGAAUGUCUGUGAUCACUAGCAGGUGGUGGGCCUUGGGUCCACACCAGAGCUGUUGUGGGAGACAGAUUCUUUUAAUGGACUGUCCGCCAGGCAUCAGGAGUCCUUGAACAAUCACAGAUUUUUUGUGUGCUGCAUGCACAGGUCUAGGACCUGUGGGUGGGUUGGGGGAAAGUGCUAUAUUUGUUGUCAGUGUCGGCGUUAACCAUAUUUCAUAUUCGGUGUCUCACAGUUUUCAAAUAAAGAGUGUUUGCCAUGGCUCAGAUAUUUAUUUUGGGCAAGCAACAAGGUGAAAAUUACAUUUCUCAGAUGCACUGCUACUUUGGAAUUAUAAUGUUGUUCACAGAAAUCUUUCAUGUGCCAUUAAUAAUCAGUAAUAAAAAAAACAAGUGGGAACGGAUGUUUUGAAUUGUGCUGAUCCAUUAGGACUGAGGUGCUGAGUAACAACCAGAAAGAAAGUCUUGGAUAUUAUCUUCCAGCGAUCAGCUAAUCUCAUGCUUCAUUAACAUUUGCUGUCAGUCACCACCAUUGUAUCGAGAUAUUAAUGGUAUACUGAGGCUUUUGACACAUCAUUACAUUUAAGUAAAAAUAGUUUUUGCUCUUUCAAAAAUGAAGCUUGCUCAAUCUUAGGACCCAAAUGUGCAAUGGAAUUCAGAGAUUUCUCAUUGAAUCUUGCGUCCUAGACAGCUACUAAUUGCUCUAGAUGUCAAUGAUAAACAUUGGGAUUUUAUCUUAAAAGAACCAAAAACUUUGGAACCUGUUUUCCCUGCUGCAUCUAUAAAGGCUGUUGCACAAACAAA